AGUUGUAAAAAGUUGCAACUUUAAGUCUGCGUGUCAGACAGGAAUAAAUUUGAACAUAUCUUUGGGUGGCAAUUUUUAUCUUCCGCUGUUGCUCCGACUGCAGCUGCCACCUUUGCUGCUCGUUGUUAGCUCACGAAUGAGAAGCUACUUGCGUAAAGAUGACUUCCUUCAUCUCCACCCGCGACACCUCCACCCCACCAACCCCGUUCACCUUCCAGCAAGCCAUCGAACUGGGCUACGCACCGGAUGGAGGGCUUUUCGUGCCAGAGACGUUCCAUGCCUUCACCGCAACAGAAAUUUUUGCCUACGUCGAGCGGGUAAACAACCAAGAAGGUUGUAAUUCAGCUACAGGAGAAAUAACAGCCGCGACACUCCCGCCACUGACCUACGCGGAGCUUGCCUUCGACAUCCUGAAAAGGUUUAUCAAAGAGGAGGAAAUCCCGAGAGAUGAUUUACGGGAAAUCUGCGAAUAUCCUGUGCAAAAGUAUCGUACUCGUAUAAAUGCAUUACAAACUUCCUCAGCAUGAGAAAUGAAAUUUGUAAUGCAGAUUUGCCUUGGAAACAAGAUCUGUAAUGCUAAACUUGCAUUUGUACGAGUACGAUACUUUUGCACAACAGAUGAGACGUCCCCAGUGAUAUAGCCGAACAGAUGAUAAACCCGUAACGCUUGUGGCUCGCUUGCGCGUCUUGUUCUACCGAACUAUGCACGGAGACGCAAAUAAGAUGUGAAGAACCCACUGAGUGGCGAGGGGAGAGAUGCAAUAGAGAUUACAACCACAGUCAGGAGAGUGUCUAGCUGCGGGUUGCGAGUUGCGCCUUGUUUGUGCGAAAGUAUUGAGACACGAACAAGUUUUGGCGUUUCGGUUUCGUAUCGUUGAUGUUUUUAGACGUAGAGUAGACCACGAUGACAAUUCGACGAUGACCGCCAUCGCUUCAAAGCGUGUGCUUUCUGCUGGCGGUCGGCCUGCGAAGAUUUGGCUCGGAUUCACUGAAGCACGAAGUAUCGUGCGCGAGGCAAAGCUGAAAAACAAGCCGGCUUUUUCGAACUGGUUGAAGCUGAAUCGUGGCUACGCAAUACCGUCGCAUCCGGAUGCUGCGUAUGCCACCAAGGGGUGGGCGGGCUACCGUGACUUUCUUGGCUACGGAAGUCGCAGGGCGUCGCGAAUCAGAUAUGGCUCGGGCGACGGAACCGCAGAUCCGUACCGGAGCUCGCUGUCAAGCAAGUACUAUGAGCAGCGAAUGGACGCAAUAAAUUUUGUGUGCGAUAGCAUUACAACUUCGACGGAGCUGCAUGAGCAUCAUAUUGAUGUCCGCGUCCUCCCCAUGUAUACUGCGGCAUCUCUUCUUUACAGGGUGCGGCCAUCGGCAGUCGACACUACUACCGAUGUUUCAAACCAAACGCCAGGCCUUGACCGCUGGCUGCCAGUCGUCAUACGCUCGUCGGGCGCUUCGCGGAAGGGAAACUGCCGUGCUAGUGACGGCGGUGAAAGGUGGUUGCAGCUCGGGGGUCGCGGAACAAACGCUGCGACGUCAACAUCCACAGUACAUGGCGAACAGGAAGCCGCGUCUCGAGCAGCGAAACUACCAGGGCAAUUACCGAGCGAAGUAGAGCGUUCAUACGCGAAGUUUUGGCGGUGCCGAUUCGACAGUUCUUCACCGUUGCUCGGUAUGCCAAUGGUUUGUGUAGUGCCAGAUUCACGGGAGCUGGUGCUGACAGGGUGUUCCGCAAGAGCAAAGAGUCAAUACACUCCGCAACUUCUCAAUUACUCCCUCGACUCUCAAACCACGAGCAGCGCUGCAGUUGUGAAGUUUCUACUGGAGCACUGGGAGACCCCCGGAUCGGGGCGCAAAAGGUCUUUCCACGACUGGAUGGAGUGUUUGACCACAAGCUCCAAGGAUUCCGCGCACCAAUGCGGUAUCGCUCGGAUCAACAAAAUGCUGUACGAACCGCUUGGACUCUCGUUCACCUUUGCACCUCACGAACAGGAGCGAAAUACGAUGUACAACACGCGGGUGGGCUCAUACCGCGUCAUUCAUCGGAAGGCGGUGAAGAUCAAGGCGGUGAAAGAGUACAAGCAUGCAGGGUAUCGCGUUCGACUGGAAUCUUCCAGGUGCCCUGACGGGCUUGUCUUCUCUGGAGAAAAGGCGAAUUUCGAAACAUUCGACUUUCUGAUCGCGUUUCACGGCGGGUCGGUCAGUGACGACACCAACGGGAUUUUCAUCAUUCCGCAAGAGGUGCUUGUGCGAAAUUUGAAAAUUGAGGACAAUGCUUUCUUCGCAUGGAUAACAUUGUACUCGCCGGAUACUAGUCCCAUCUUGUUGGACGCCAAGAGAAAUAAAGACUGGCAGGAACCAUUCUACAUCAAUUUCUCGGAUGUCGAGAACGAUACGGAAAAAGCACGCGCCGCUUUGGCAAAAGCGCGGCGUAUCUUCGAGGGGUAUGGCAAGACCGCAUGGAAGAAAAAGUAGAAAGCUCUCCGGCCACGACCGUUCUGGCAACGACGUGCAAUUCAUGUCACCGAGCGACUUGCCUUGGCCUUAUGAAUGGUGACGCGAUGGCAAUUGCGCCAGGAAAAUGGAUUUGCCGCCGGC